GGACAGGCGCGCGCGCUCAGACAUGGUGUAGGAUAUCAGGGAAGAAGCACGGACUGCAGCCGAGGAGAGAACUGAGCGCUGAGCUGAAGGUCUUCUUCUGGAGCGGGACUCCUCUCAAUGUGUCUGAAUCUGGGGACUAUCCCAUCUUAAUAGAAAAAGAGGGAAGAACAUCAGCUGUGAAUCGAGUCCAGCAGGACAGAGGGCUGUCAUGGAGAGGGAGCAGGGCUCAGUGAGCUCCAGCCCUGGCACUGCUGCCCCCACUGCUGCCCCCAGCACCACCUCCUGCAACAGCAGCAUCUGCACCAGCACCAGCCACAGCAUCGCCAGCACCACUGCCCUCAACAGACAGCAGGCCCUGUCACAGAUAUCAGUGUAUGGAGGAAUCCCGGACAGACAGACAGUACAGGUGAUCCAGCAGGCCCUGCACAGGCAGCCGAGUACAGCGGCUCAGUACCUGCAGCAGAUGUACGCAGCCCAACAGCAGCACCUCAUGCUGCAGACUGCAGCUCUCCAGCAGCAGCACCUGAGCCUGGCUGCAGUGCAACAGGCCAGCAUUGUGGCAGGCAGACAGCAGAACUGCAGUCAGAACGGGACGGCAUCUCAGCAGGCUGUAUCCUCCCAAACCACAAUUAAGUUGGCCACCUCUCCCGCGGCAGCAGCCCAGCUGAUCAGCAGAGGUCAGGGAGUGACAUCCACCCCGGUCAGCAUUACCCAGCAGGCCGUGCUUCUGGGGAACUCCUCCACCCCGACUCUGACUGCCAGCCAAGCACAGAUGUAUCUGCGAGCACAAAUGGAACAGCAAAAUAACCUUGUGCAAGUAGCUAGGAGCCUAGGCCGUGCUGUUCCUUUGUCCCCCCAGCUCAUACUCACUCCAACCGCCACAGUCGCCGCCGUCCAGCCUGAGAUGUCCUCACAGACGAUCAGCCAGCAGCAGACAGCCAACACACAGAUGCAGAACCUGGUGCUGCGUGGCCAGCAGGGGGCAGUGGUCUCCUCCCCCACUCAGUCUCAGCUACAGGGUCUCAGUGUGAAGCAAAGCACUGGAGAGACAGCUCCGCUUACACUGCCCAGCCAACCAGGGCCACAGCUGAAGAGCUCCUGCCUCGGCCCCCAAGGACCACAGGACCCCACAGCAGCAGGAGCAAAGGCCAGCCCAGCAGAUGCUUCCUCAGAGCCAAUGAAGACAAAUGAUGCCGCCAGUGACUUGAGCGCACGUGUGGUCAGUGUGAGCCACAACAUGGCCACGGUCACCAGCCACCCCCUCAUCAACACCGCAUACACACAAAUCCAGACCCAUCAGCUCCUGCAGCAACACAAGCAGCAGUUUGUGAUCCAGCAGCAGCUACAGCAGCAGCAGCAGUCCCAGCUCUUCCAGAGAAGCCAAACCCAGCUUCUACAGCCAGCCUCCAUCCAGACUCAAGCCCAAACCCUGCAGACUGUUUCAAUCCAACCCGCCCUAGCAGGCCAGCAGUGUGCCAUUCCUGUACUGCCCAAACCUACCACUCCCUGCCAGCAGGCCACCAUCUUCCAUUCCACUGUGACUCCUCCUCAGGUGCUCGCCCACAACGGCCAGCUUCCCCUGCUGAGCUCCAACAAAGCCAAACACAUGCAGAUACCUGCUGUCAGUCUCCAGUUUCAGCCCCCAGCAGCCCAGGCUGCCAUGGCGACACAAGAUGAUGCUGAUAAGGAAAGCCCUGCUCCUCCAGCAGCUGGAGAUCACAGUCCUGUCCAGUGUGAACUCAAGCUGCUGUCCUCACCAACACAAGAGCUAAUCAUCACAGAACAGUGCCAGCCUGACCACAGCCAGACAGGGAACUCUGAAGGCCCAGCUGCUGCACGGUGUGUGAAUGCUAAACCAGGUGUGGGCUUUCCUCCAGCCAUGACCUCGGGUAAUGGGAACAGUGCACCCACUGUGACCGGCAGUACUCCUCAGAAUGGCGAGAGCAAGACGCCCCAAGCAAUUGUUAAACCCCAAAUCCUCACUCAUGUUAUAGAGGGAUUUGUUAUCCAGGAGGGAGCCGAGCCUUUCCCUGUGGAGCGGCCGUCGCUGUUGAUUGAGAACCUCAAGAAGCAAAAACAGCAGCAGCAGUUUUACUCAGAUUUGGACAAAAAGGUCCAGGAUUCUCACACAGCAGACACAGAGAUGGAGGAUCUCUCACAACAUGAGUUGAAGAUCCAGGAGGAGGAGCCGACACUCACCUGCGAACUGUGUGGAAAAGUGGAUUUUUCCUAUAACUUCAAAAGAUCAAAGCGGUUUUGUUCUACCUUGUGUGCAAAGAGGUAUAAUGUGGGAUGCACAAAGCGCAUCGGCCUGUUUCCAAGACGGCCGACUCCUGAGAACCCCAAGAAACAGAAAGCCUCCAAUAACACUCACCACAACACUAGUUCAGAGGCCAAAAAACAAAUUCACAGCACUCAAACAGCCAUGCUCGGUUCAGUGUCCUCGCCACGUCUCUCUCACCUGAGUCACGGAGAAUCCACCCAGUGUUCAGACAUGUCCAGCUACGAGGAGCCCCCUUCACCCCUGUCUGUGGCCAGCUCUGGAGCACAGAGGCUGCGCAGGGAGCGAGGGCUGGAGCCUGGAGAGAGCCACAGCAGGGAGCUGCCUCUCCUCACACAGCAUUUCCUGCCCAGUGACCCCGCCAAGUGGAAUGUGGAGGAUGUUUAUGAAUUCAUCUGCUCUCUGCCAGGCUGCCAGGAGAUAGCCGAGGAGUUCCGUGCUCAGGAGAUAGACGGCCAGGCCUUACUUCUUCUGAAAGAAGACCACCUCAUGAGCACCAUGAACAUCAAACUAGGCCCUGCACUGAAAAUCUUCGCCCGCAUCAGUAUGCUCAAAGACUCGUAGCUUCUCCCGCGGGCAGUAGCACAACAUCUGGAAAAGACUGGAAAUACACAAAAAUCCUGCACUGAUUUCACUUCAUAUCCCACAAUGGUUAUGAUUCCAGGGGACCGGUGCUGCUUCUGGAUGGACUGACAGACUUUGCUUGUAUUCGGUUCACAAGCAUUAAGAGGAGGGGUAUGGCCUUCAGUCUGACUGCAGAGCCCCAUGGGUAAACUAUCACUCGGAUGAUGUAGAAGCACAAGUAGUUACGCCCACAAAUGCUCAUGAAAAGUUCAACAGGUUUACAAUUCUUUUGUUUUGGAACUGGAUUUUUUUUUUUUUUUUUUUUUUUUUUUUUUACAUUUUACAGUCAGGACUUGUAGUUCAGGUGUUCUUUGUCUCAGUGAAUUGUUUUGUUUUGUAAAAAUGGAACUUUAGCCUUGCAUAAAAUGUGCCCAAAAUAUCAGCGGUGUUACAAACCACAAACAAAAGAAGCAACACUUACUUUUGUAGAUUGGUCAUAAGCAAGUAGGUGAAAAACCAUUACUUUCUAAAAACGUGUGCCUAAUAUGUUCCUGUCUAUCCCAAAGAUGACUUUGCCUUUUCAUACUGCUCAUUUUGUAUCAACCAGUCAAAUUCAUAAAUCAAUGUUUCAGCACAGAAAUAGGACAGCUUUUACUCAUUUCUUUGGAAGUGGAGCAUAUACCAUUUAAUACAUGGUAAAACGUGUCUUGUUAUAGUCCUAAAAUAUCAGUGUUCAUUCAGUCUCUCCUGUUUUUCCCUAAAAAUACUGUGACCUAAAUGUGAAAUUUCAGUAACUGUCUUAAAGCUGGUCACUUUUGUAAUUUACAUUCAUCGGUUCAUCAAAUGUCUAUUUAUUGAAAGUCUGAUAUGGUUUUGUAUUAGGAAGAAAAUUAAACCUUGUCAAAGUAA